AACGAGGAACCAUGGCAGACGACAGUCCUAAAACGUACCAGAUUUCGAGUGGAAGUAGCCCUUCAGAUUUUCUCCCUGGAAAGCCCCCACCUUUAGAACCCAAUUUAUCACACAGCAAAAAUGACAUUCUCAACUUCGUCCAGCUUCUCCCGGCGUGCCCUUGUUGCCCUGCUGGUAUGCACUCUGCUCAUAGAUCUAAGUUCUUUCACCGAUGCCCGGCCCCAGGAUGACCCAACAUCUGUAGCCGAAGCAAUCCGGCUCCUACAAGAACUGGAGACAAAACACGCCCAACACGCUAGGCCAAGGUUGGCACGCAGUGAACUACCUCCCAAUUUAAACGGUAUUCACUCGGGACUUGACAAAAUUAUUGGCUAUUUCAUCCUAGAAGCAAUCGAUAGAGCACAUUCAUCUGAUGCUAGACCAAGAUUCGGCAAACGAAGUUAUUUAAAUCCAGCCGGCUAUGGACAGGAUGAGCAGGAGCGUAACUAUUACAGGAUGAUUGGCAGGAUUCAACGUUUACAAGAUGAACAAAAUAGCAUCAACUAAGCGAUGACUCAGAUAACAAUCUGCAGCGAACAUAGCUAACCAAGCCAACAUGGAACCAUUUCCAGCUCUCCAUUUCAACACAAUUCAUUCGUAAAACUAUUGAUAACAUGUUAGAAGACUUAUUAGAGAAAUAUAUUUGAACAGACAACGAUUGUCAUAAUUGGAUUCCGAUGUUUGGAGGAUAAUAUAACAAUGUAUAAUCUUUCUUGACAUGUAAUCAAUAUACUUUGAGUAUGUAAUACAUUAUGUGCUGCAAAAUCGGACAUUUCAAUAAUAUUUUAAGGACGAUCUGAUUACAAAUGACUAAAGUUAUUGCUACGAUUGUUUUCAACAAAUGAAUCACUUGUACAUAUAUGAACGUAUAUUAUGCAAGCACAGUUACAGCAUUAGAAUAACCUGGCAACAAAUGCUGCCAAAUAAUGAUUCUGAUCAUUGAACAGAAAUAAAGUUCUCAAAUAGAACAAA